AUGGACAUCGUGGACAGGGUCCUCUCUGUGGCCCAGACCAUCUACGCCCAAUUCGAGCAGGUGAAAUGCUGCAAGCACCAGUGCCAGCGCCUCGUGGAACGCAUCCAGAUCCUGCUGGAGCCUGUGAGGAUCCUCAAGGCUCAGCUACCAGAGCACAUCUCCCACCACGAAGAGAAACUGCUGAAAAAGCUGCUCCAGAUGCUGGGGGAAGCCCAGAAUCUGGUGAUGAAAUACAGCCAGACCAGCUGGAUUCAGAAGUUCCUGAGAGCCCGCAGUGCUGGUGAGGAGUUCAUCUGGGUGAACGAGAGCCUGGAGGACAUCGCCCAGGGGCUCUCACUCCUGCUGCAGGCAGAGCAGAAGCAGGCUUUCCUGGAGGCUUUCCAGGCAAAGACAUGUCGCAGGCAGGAUGCCGAGGACCUGAAGGACGACAAGGCUUUCUUGGACCAAGUGAUUGCAAGUACUGAGGAGCCCGAAGACGCGGACGGGGAGAUCUACAUUGACAGGCAAUGUAUGGAGAGCAAGGUAGACUGGAUGCAAAGGGAGCUGAACAAAAUCGUGCACGUGAUGGACUGCUUGAAGAAGGUCAAUGUUGAUAAAAGAGAAGACAUCACCGAGAUCCAGCGGGACCACCUCACCUUCUAUAGGCACCUGCAGGACACCGAGAGCUAUGACCUCUACGAGGGCGAGUACCUCAAGUACCCUGUCGCCAUCAAAACCUUCAAGAGGCCACUGACCACCGACCCAGCGAAGGUGAGAGACAUCUUCGAGAAGGAGAUUCAGACCCUAAAGAAGUUUGAGUCUCCAAACAUCCUGCGCAUGUAUGGGAUCUGCAUUGAGGAGAAAGAUGGGAGCCCCUGCUUCUCCAUCGUCAUGGAGUACUGCAAGCACGGGACACUGCGGGAUGUGCUGACCAAGCAACAGGACCUCUCCUGGGAGGUCCGCAUUCGGAUGGCCCUGGGAGCCGCCAGAGGCCUUUACAGGUUGCACCAGACGGAGGAGAAGUCCCGACUUCACGGCUGCAUCUGCAGUAGCAAGUUCUUGGUGGCUGGAGAUUACUGUGUGAAGCUGUCGGGAUUCGAGCUGUGCGAAACAGAGUCAUCCAUCAAGAGGAAAGCCAAGAAGAACUGGAAACAAGUCUCUAUGUUGGCUUACAUUGCCCCUGAGAACCUGAAAGACAUCAACUACCCCUACAAGAGGCCCUGUGAAAUCUACAGUUUCGGGAUUGUGCUGUGGGAGAUUGCGACCUCUAGAAUCCCAUUUGAAGGCUGCACACCCCAGGAGAUCAUGGAGAAAAUCUGCAACCACAAUUACCGUGCUACUGUUGGGGAAGAUUGCCCUGAAGACCUGCGGAAAGUCAUUGACCAGUGCCGGGCCUUUGACCCUUCCCAACGCCCUUCUGCCGAGGAGAUUGUGGACUCGCUGGCUGACCUGGAGAAAAGCCGAAACCAAGGAAUUUAA